AUGGCGGUGAUGCCAAGCAUGCUUGCGUUGCUGCUUGGUACGGCGGCAACUUUCGCGCUCUUACCAUACCUCGUCCGGCUGAUUGGACGGUUACUGGGCUCGAACAUCCGGAGUAGGACGCAGAACAGGCGCGAGCUUCUGCUGAGUCGAGCACAAGCAGAACAGGAUGCGGUCCCUCAAAGUGCGGCAUCAUCUAAUGCACAACCGCCUCUAACCACCUCGUCAGACGAUGACUGGGAGAAAGUGAACGACGGCGAGAAGACUCCCAUUGCCUCGCAGACCGAGCGGAGUGCAGCGGACUUCACCGGCGUGAUUGGCUUCUUCCACCCUUUCUGCAAUGCCGGCGGUGGCGGUGAGCGAGUACUCUUCGCCGCUGUCCUCGCCACUCAGCGUCGCUACCCAAACGCUCUUUGUGUAAUCUACACUGGCGACCACGAUGCAUCGAAGGAUCAGAUCUUGACUAACGUGCGCAACCGCUUCAACAUCGAGCUUAGCCCAGCUAGAAUCGCAUUCUUGUACCUGAGCACACGGGAGUACGUCUUGUCUGCCAAAUGGCCGCACUUCACCCUGCUAGGUCAAAGCCUGGGUAGCCUGAUGCUUGGCUGGGACGCCUUCAACUUGCUCGUCCCUGAUAUCCUCGUGGACACGAUGGGCUACACUUUCGUGCUCGCGCUUGGCAAGUGGCUGUUCCCACACAUGCCGACAGGCGCAUACGUUCACUACCCCACCAUCUCUACCGAUAUGCUCUCGAGCCUUCAUUCCGAGCUAGCUUCUGGAGAUGGCCUAAAUGCUGGCUUAGGCAGAGGCGCAAAGGGCAAGGUCAAGCAGCUCUACUGGGAGCUGUUCGCGAAGCUGUACAGCUGGGUUGGUGGCUCGGUGGACGUUGUCAUGACCAACAGCAGCUGGACGCACAAUCAUAUCUCGCACUUAUGGUCGCCAGCACGAACGCAGCGACGAAAAGUACAUCCCAUCUCGGUCGUCUACCCGCCUUGUGCCGUUGAAGAGCUGCAGUCAAAGAUUCCAUUCAACAACGAGAGCGAGAAAGCUCGAACUCGCAAUUUGCUCUACAUCGCACAGUUCCGACCUGAGAAGAUGCAUCAAACAAUCAUCGACGCCUUCAGCGCGUUUCUCAAGACCUACAAGCAGCUCGCAGACACCGAACCGAAACCGAACCUUAUCCUCGUUGGUAGCGUGCGAGACGAUCACGACGAGAAGCGUGUGUACAAGCUCCGCCUGCAAGCGCAGGAGAUCAAGGAUCGUGUGCAGUUUGUGGUGAACGCGAAAUGGCCACAAAUUCUCGAGUUUCUGAAGUCUAGCUCAGUAGGCGUGAACGGCAUGUGGAACGAACAUUUCGGCAUCGGAGUGGUGGAGUAUCAGGCCGCGGGUCUGAUUAGCGUCGUCAAUGAUUCUGGCGGGCCCAAAGCAGAUAUCGUUGUUGAUAUUGACGGUCAACCUACUGGCUUCCGCGCGACAACAGAGAAGGAGUUUGCAGACGGCUUCGCAAAAGCGUUAUCAUUAUCCGAGGAGGAAGCCUUCACCAUGCGCCAACGAGCCAGGAAGAGCAGUUGGCGCUUCUCUGAGCGUGUUUUUAGCGAUGCAUGGACGAACCAGCUGGAGAAGCUGGUUGAGCUUGUCAGUUCACAGUCGUUGAAAGGCAGCUCAUAA